GUUUCAUCUUUCCACUUUUCUUGAAGAGAAAGAAAACCUCCAUCUCUCUAUUCUGUAUUAGUAGGAAGAUCAAAGGGGAGGGCUCUACAGAAAAACUAGAGUGUGUGUCUCUGUGAAGUGAAACGGCGUCGUGAAAAUGUUCAGGAAUCAGUACGACACGGACGUGACCACAUGGAGCCCAGCCGGCAGACUCUUUCAAGUGGAGUACGCCAUGGAAGCCGUGAAGCAAGGGUCUGCUGCCAUUGGCCUCCGAUCCAAGACUCACGUCGUCUUGGCUUGUGUCAAUAAGGCUAACUCCGAGCUCUCUUCUCACCAGAAGAAGAUCUUCAAGGUCGACGACCACAUCGGAGUAGCCAUCGCAGGCCUCACCGCCGAUGGCAGAGUCCUCUCUCGGUACAUGCGAUCCGAAUGCAUCAAUUACAGCUUCACUUACGAGUCGCCGCUUCCUGUUGGUCGACUGGUCGUUCAGCUUGCCGACAAGGCUCAGGUUUGCACCCAAAGGUCCUGGAAACGGCCCUAUGGUGUUGGUCUGCUUGUAGCUGGCUUGGAUGAAUCGGGGGCUCACCUCUAUUACAACUGCCCAAGUGGGAAUUACUUUGAAUAUCAGGCUUUUGCUAUUGGAUCCCGCUCACAGGCUGCAAAGACAUAUUUGGAACGCAGGUUUGGGACGUUCCAAAACUCUUCACGAGAAGAUCUUAUCAAGGAUGCACUUUUUGCAAUAAGAGAAACCUUGCAAGGAGAAAAGCUUAAGAGCUCCAUAUGCACAGUCACAGUGCUUGGAGUGGGGGAGCCUUUCCAUAUAUUGGAUCAGGAAACAGUGCAGGGGUUAAUUAAUGCAUUUGAGAUGGCAGGGGAGGAGGCUCCUGCUGCGGACCAGGGUGCUGCUGGUGAAGAGGGUGCUGCUGGUGAAGUGGGUGCUGCCGCAGAAGAGGGUGCUGCUACUGAAGAGGGUGCUGCUGCUACUGAAGAGGGUGCUGCUCCAAUGGAUAUCUGAGGAUUCAGGAACUGCCAACCAAUGGAUAUCUGAGGAUUCAGGCCAACCAUCUCUGUCCCUUUGGAAAUGAGGUAAUGGUUGUAGAUGCCACCCUGGACAGCAUCAUUUUCUUGUUGGAUUUUUUUUGUUAUGCAAUUUGUCUCUGCUUCAUCAUUGCAAACAUUUUCAAGUUAUAGACUCUGGUGAACUUCAUUUCACAUAUAGUUUUGUGGUGGAUCCUAUUUGGUGAUAACCCUUUUGUAGUAUAAAUUUUAUUCAUA